AUGUCCACUUCUGAUCAAUCUCUAAUUCCACAAACACCAGUAGAAUCCAAAGAACAUGAAGAUCACUACAACAAGAUCCGCAAGGAUUACAAUCACUUGAUGGAAACAAUGCCCAAAGGUAAUGGAUGGAGGGUGGAACACAUCUACAACUACAAUGGUUUCUGGAUAAGCCCCGAAUACAUCAAAGCCAACUUGCUUCUUCACGCUUACUUCAAACCUCAACCCACUGACAUCUUUUUGGCCUCUUUCAUGAAAUCAGGAACCACAUGGCUUAAAGCCCUCAUCUUCUCCACCCUUACCCGCCACCUCUACAGCUUCUCCAACAACUACUUACACCACCAUGGCCCACAGAGCAGUUUUCCUUUUCUCGACAGUGAAUGCGAAACCUUCCCCAUAACUGACUUCACACAUAUGUCUUCUCCCCGACUUUUUGCAACCCACUUCCCUCGCAACCUCUUACCGAAAUCCAUGGCUUCAUGCAAGUCCGUUUACAUCUGUCGAGAGCCAAAAGAUGUUUUGGUUUCAAAAUGGUUUUUCAUGAGCAAACUUAGAGAGAAAGAUCUGCCUUUGUUUUCCUUUGAUGAAGCGUUUGAUCUUUUCUGUGAAGGGGUUUCGGACUACAGGCCGUUUUGGGAACAUGUUCUGUCGUACUGGAGAGCGAGUUUGGAGUCACCAGAGAAGAUUAUGUUUUUGAAGUAUGAGGAAGUGAAGAGGCAACCAGAGGUGGUGGUGAAGAGGUUAGCGACGUUCAUGGGUGUGCCAUUCACGGCAGAGGAAGUGGAGAAAGGGGUGGUGGAGAACAUUGUGAAGCUGUGUAGCUUUGAAAAUUUGAGUAAUCUGGAGGUGAAUAAGAAAGGUGUUGAAACGUUUGGUAAGGUGGAGGUGAAGAAUCGUGAAUUUUUCAGGAAAGGUGUGAGUGGAGAUUGGAGAAACUAUCUUUCCGAUGAGAUGAAACAACGCAUUGAUGGAAUUAUCGAUGAGAAAUUGAAAGGUUCUGGCUUGAUCUUUGGCCCUUGA